GUGGAUAGAAAAGUGGGGACUGACUGGGGGCCUCGAUGGCCCUUCAGGGCAGCUCUGGUUUGAGACAAGGGCCGUGGAGCAGGCUGGGGGUCCCCAGGCCUUGGCUUCUGUGACCUCCCAAGGGACUCUCCUGCCCAGCUGCCCCUCCUUACCCAGAAUCUGCCUCUGGGCUUCCUGGGAGAGGCGGACCCCAUUCGUGGCACUGGGAACCACCCGUGCGCUGGGCCCCUCUGCCGGGAGAAAACGGGCCUCGGACCGCAACUGGGGAGACCUGGGCCUGUGCAGCCUUGGCUCCUGGCUUUCCAGACAGACAUGGACUCAUUCCAGGCUCCCCCACCCUGGGGCUGUGUGGACUGAGGCAAGACACUGCCCCUCUCUGAGCCCCAGAUCCCGCAUCUAUGAAACGGGCUCUCCUGCCGCCAAGAUGCUGUCGCCCCGGACAGUGACACCUGGGCCCGAGCUGCGCAGCCCCAAGAAUCCAGCCCAUUUGCAGACUCCAACAUUGGACACCCGGCCCACGAGCAGCGGGGACGCAACCAGCGCCCACCGCCAGGCCACGGCGCCACCCGGCCUGGGCACCUUUCAGCGGGCCUUCUCCCGGGCAAGCCAUCGGGCCUCGUGUGGGGACACUGCUGAGGACCUGGGCCUGUUCCGGCGCAGCUCCCGCUUCCUGUUUCGGUCCCUCCAGCGCGUCCUGGUCCAGGACAUGGUUGCCAAGGAAGCUCAGGUGCCUGCUGCCUCAGGGGCAGCCCCCAGCCCCCAGGCGCCCUCGAGGGGCACGGAUGGGGUCGGCCAGCAGGCAUCCGCUGGUGUGGGGCCUGAGGAACUGGAACCAGGGGCAGAAGGCAAAUCCGUGGCCGACCUCAUCACCGAGCGGCACCUGCUGGCGGCUUUCGAACAGCUGCAACACCUGGAGGCGGGGCUGGUGGCCGCGAAGGCCGCGCGCGCCUUCGAGAAGGACCCCACGGGCUUCGCGCGACGCGCCAUGGACGUGUGCCUGCAUUACGACGGGCUGGCUGCGGAGAUGCGCGCCAUCGUGCGCGAGACGCUGGGCCCGGGCGCCGUCGACGCGGCCAUGCUGGGCGAGCUGGCCCGCGUGGUGCGGGCCGAGGAGGAGGCCCACCCGGCGUCCCCUGCAGACGGCGACUUCCUGCGCACUCCGCGCCGCUGGCGCCAGUGCUGGGAGGACGCGGUGCGGCGGAACGCGCAGGAGCGCGUGCAGAGGGUGGCUGCGGGAGAGGCGCCGGGGGACGCCGAGGGCUCCUCGGACCUGGGCCGGCUCCUGGCCGAGCUCGGCCGCGUGGUCCGAUGCGACCUGCAGAAGGUGCGGCUGGAGGUGCAGCCCGCUUACGCGGCCGCCGGCUUCCCGGCCUGGGAGGUCUACCUGCAAGCCUUCCACGGCGCCGUGGCCCAGCGCCUCCAGGAGCUCGCGCAGGACGCCCGGGGCUGUGAGCGGCUCUACGUCCUGCUGGACUGGGCCGCCAACGUCUACGGCGGUCCUGACUUCCUGGGUGCACCGGGCCUCAAGCUGCCCUCAGAGCCUCUGCCCCCGCUGCUGGCACCGGACGUGUGGGCACAACUGGAGAGUGACUACACCAGUUUCCUGGAGACCAAGAUCAUGAGCUGCUUCGAAAGCAUCCUGCAGCUGGAGCAGAGCCGCUGGGCGGCCGGGGAGGCCCCCGACGUGCUGCAGGGCCGCUACCACGUGCUGCUGUCCACUGACAUCCACAUGCUUGUGGCCGAGCACGUGAAGGCAGCUGGAGCCAUCUCGGCAGAGCUGGAGGCCACCACGCUGCGGAUCUGCGCGCGGGCGCUCGGCCUCUUCGUGCCAAGGUUUACAAAGGCUUUUCUGGAGUCGGAGGCGGUGAGCAAGCCGCACCUGGCCGCCUACGUCAACGCCUGCGAGGAGCUGAGGACCAGUCUUCUGGCCAGGUUUCCUGGCACGUUUGAGGAGCUGGAGAAGCCCCUGGUGUCCGCCACCUGCAGCUUCCAGAAGCAGCUGCUCCAGGGCUUGCAGCGUGAUGUGCAGCCACUCUUCAGGGCCGUGUGCAGCAAGUCCUGGCUGACAGUGGACACGCUGCGGCCCGUCAUGGACAAGGUGGUGGCCUUCGCUGGCCACCUCGAGCACGUGGCCCCACUGCCCGCGCAGGAGACCCUGCACGAGGUGCACCGCUACGUGGUCCGCGAGUACCUGGCGCAGGCGCUGAGGCCGCGCGAGCGGUUCCGGGGCGUGGAGCGCGUGGCGGGCUCCCAGAAGAUGAGCCUCGACGCCCAGGCCAUUGGGGACACCUUCCGGGGCCUGGGCUCGGAGGCCACGUGGCUGGGCACGGCCAUCCCGUGCGUGGCGGAGAUCCUGGGUGAGACCUACAAAGACGACAUCCGGCGCCACCUGGAGACGCUCAUCCGGAGCUACCCCGACAUCAGGCGGGACCACGUGCGGGCCAUCCUGGCGCUGCGCCGACUGGGCCGCCACCACAACCAGCGCCUCCUGCAGCACGCCCAGGACCUGCUGAGGGCUGUGGCCAGGGCAGCGGGCCCCGAGACCACCGGGACCACCAGGGAACGCGUGCUUUUCGGGGAGAUCAAGGUGUCCCCCUGCGUGGAUGUGCUGUUUACCUGCGUCUAAUGCUCCACCGGCGGAGAAGGGCUGGAGCUCGGGCUGGGGAGUGGGGGGGCGUGGGUGAGGGUCGGCCCCCUCUCCCUGGCACUGAGCCCCAGGCUGGGAGCCCAGGAAGUCCUCCUGGCCCUGCCCCUCCCUGAAGUCCAGUCGUGGAAACUGUGUCUUCGGUCACGGCGACAGCUGCGGGGCCGGAAGCACCAGCAAGGAUGGAGGCAUUUUAGGCAUUCGCGGGGGAGUCUUUGGGGCAGCCGAGGCUCCCUGGAGCCCACCCAGAGGGCCUCCCGGCCUGACUGUCCAGCUCCACCCCCAGUUAAGAUGAAGAACAGGGUAUUUAUUUUAAAAAUAAAUGUGAAUUAAAACAGU